AUGUUCAGCGGCACCCCGCUCCCUCCCUUCUCGCUCACCCGCCGCCCCCACCCCAGCACCCUCGACCCCGUCCUUCGUGGCGAGGCCGGCGGCCCCAGCUGGCAGGCGUUUGCGAUCCUGGCGGUGGCGGGGCUGUACCUCUUCUCAUCUCCGGGCGUGCUGCCGGCGGUGUACGACCUGUAUAUAGCGGCGGCGCUGCAGGCCCAGAGGCAGCGGGCCAUACAGCAGUCGGACCUUGAUCUGGGCAAGAAGAUCGGCAGCGGCGCGUUUGGCAGCGUGUUCAGGGCCACGCUGGCGCCGGAGAGGGAGGGGGAGGCGCCGGUGGAUGUCAUUGUCAAGAAGGCCAAGGAAUUCGGAGAGGCAGAGGUCUGGAUGAAUGAGCGCAUGGCGCGCGCGUCGCCACAGGUCAUUGCCGAGUACGUCACAGCCUUCGAGGAGACCCCCUCCGCCGAAAACGCCAACGUGGGCGGCGCGCGCCCCCUGAUCGCCGAUGUGCAGCGGCGGGCCGCCGCGCUGCUCGGCGCGGCGCGGGCGCCGGCCAAGGCGGGGGCGGCGGCCAAUUCUGACCCUGUGGUGUGGAUCGUGUGGCGGGACGAGAAGGGGCCGACCCUGUGGGACCUCAUGCAGCCGAAGAAGAACGUGGGGGACUUCCCCUACAAUCUGGAGCCCUACCUGUUGGGCCGGGAGCUGCGGCUGCCGCGCGGCGCGAAGCGGCGCCAGAUCACUCUGAAGCUGGCGGCGAGGCAGAUGAUUGAGGCGCUGCGCGACUGCCACGCCACAGGCAUCGUGCACAGGUACGCGCCCCCCCAGCAGUACAUCAUGUCCCGCCAGACCCCCAGGCCGCCCCCCAAGCCUGUGGCGCUGCUGCUGGCGCCGGUGCUGUGGGCCAUGGAGGCCCCCGACAGGUUUGACAUGUACAGCGUGGGCAUCACGCUGCUGCAGAUGGCGUUCCCCGCGCUGCGCAGCGACAACGCCCUCAUCGCGUUCAACCGCAAGCUGCGCAAGGAGUGCGGCUGGGACCUCAACAAGUGGCGCGCCAGCGAGGCCCUGGGCAAGCGCAACGGCCAGUGGCCCAAGGACCUUGAGGAGGGCUUUGAAGUGCUGGACGCCAACGGGGGGGAGGGCUGGGACCUGGUCUGCAAGGCCUACCUGCUUCGCGAGUUUGGCAGCGGCGCCGACCGCGACGCCCCAGCGCCCCCGCGCGAGGGCCGCCAGACAAUUGCUUGGUGGCAGGGGCGGCAGCAGGAACUUAAGAAGAAGCUGGGCAGCCGCAAGGUCUCGGCCACGGGCCAGAGCACGGGCGCCGGCGCCGGCAGCAGCACCGGCAACGGGGCCGCGACGCCGCCCGGCGGCCGCACGCCCGCGCGUGGGGCGACGCCGCAGGGCACGGGGAAAGUUGCGGUGCCGCGGCAGAGGCGGCCGUGA